AAAGGAAUUGCAGAUUAAACAAUACCAAUUUGUAGGCGAGAGCAGUCGCAAAGCAAGCAAGGAAAAAUAAGUCACAAGACUAUUAAUUUAAUACAAAUUUUGAUUAAUUCAGAUUUAGGCACUGCCAGUUAGCCCAUUUGCAAAUAAACGACACUUAUAUAGAAAUAUAAACCAAAAAUAUAUAUAUUUUUAUAAAGCCAUUUCGUGGACACGUACAUCAAACCAUAAAUUCCCGAAAGCCAUAAAGCCGCAGCUGCAAAAGUGUUACAUUACACAGAUCGAAAGACGUGCAAGAUGAGCGACCUGAAGCCAACUGUCUCGCUGACCAGCGCCAAUGGGGAGAACAUGUCGCGCCACCAGAUGCUCGACUGGGUCAACAAUAUGGUCAAUGGACAUUUUAAGAAAAUCGAAGAGAUGGCUUCGGGUGUUGCCUAUUGCCAAAUGAUGGAGAUGAUCUUUCCGAACUGCAUCAAUUUGAAGCGGGUCAAAAUGUCGGCCAAGCUGGAGCAUGAAUUUUUUCACAACAUGAAGCUCUUUCAGGGCGCCCUCACGCGCGUCAAACUGGACAAAACUGUGCCGCUGGAUCGCUUGAUAAAGGGUCGUUUCCAGGACAACUUUGAGUUCCUGCAAUGGUUCAAAAAGUUCUUUGACUCGCAGGCGCCUGGCCUGGAGAAUAUCAAAUCGGCAGCCAAUGCGGUCCAGCCCAAGCCGAUCAAGCCGCGCGCCAUGAUGAAAGAGGAGCCAUCAAAUGAUUUUCUCGAAUCCCAAAUUGACGAUUUGAAUACAAAAAUUGCCAACACAAUUGAGACACGCGAUCAGGCCUACGAAAAGCUGCGCAAGAUCGAGAUACUCCUCACGGAGACGAUCAACAAAAAUGAGCAUGUCGAUUUCUGCAAUCGGGUCUGCGAGGUGCUCUACAAGACCGAUCAGAAUGAAAAUGUCGGCACUGCCGGCGAGGAUAGCCUGGACAGUGCCAUUGAUGACCUGAACGAUGGGCUGUAUUAAUGUGUUUUUUUUUUUUUUAGGAACAACUGUUGUAUUAUACGGAUUAAAUCGAUUCCAUUUAUUGUGUGCAUA